AUGAAAGAUAUAGAAAUUUUAUUUUGGAAAGUAAUUCAUAAUAAAUAUUUAUUUAAUUUAAUUUUUCAACAUAUUCAUAAAACCAAUUGGAUUAAACAACCAACAAUAAGUGAUCCAACCAAUGGAUUUAUGAGAUUAAAAUUUAAAUAUAUUACCUCUUUAGAAUGGAUGAUAAAAAAUAAACAAUAUCAACUUUUAAUUUGUAAAUUAAAAUCAAAACAAGAAAUGAUCGAUAUUACACAACAUGGAAUAGAAUUAUUAUUUAAAAUUACUGCUUCCACUAAAGAUUCAGAAAAAAAAUUUUUAUAG